AUGCGCUACUCUCCGCUUUUGAGCACCUCGCUCCUAUUGAGCCUCUGCGCUGCAGUCCCAGUGCAGGACAGCCCUCGUGAGCGGCUCCUCAGGGGUCUCAAGCUGCCAUCUAGCUAUAAUGGCGUAGCUGGCGGAAAGAGGCUUCCUUUCACGCCGGGAUACAAAGAUCCAUACGACAAUGCCGUUGACUCUGUGGGAGAGAAGCUUGAUCCUCUCCCUUGGCGAAACGGUGAUGGUGCUUCUGUUCUGGGACCGUGGAACAAAGAGCGCUCCCGUCAAAACCCAGAUCUUGUCAGGCCUCCUAGCACUGACCAUGGAAAUCUCGACAAUAUGCGCUGGAGCUUUGCUGACUCGCACAUUCGCAUUGAAGAAGGUGGUUGGACCCGCCAAACAACUGUCCGGGAGCUCGGAACAAGUGUUGAGCUUGCUGGCGUGAACAUGAGACUUGAUCAUGGUGUUAUUCGCGAGCUUCACUGGCACAAGGAGGCCGAAUGGGCUUAUGUGCUCGACGGUGAAGUCCGCGUCACGGCUCUUGAUUAUGAAGGUGGCAAUUUUAUCGACGACUUGAAAAAGGGAGAUCUCUGGUAUUUCCCCAGUGGUAUUCCUCACUCUCUCCAGGGUCUGAGCCCCAACGGUACCGAGUUCCUCUUGAUCUUUGACGACGGGAGCUUCUCCGAGGAAUCCACUUUUGUCCUCACUGACUGGCUUGCACACACCCCCAAGUCCGUCAUUGCCAAGAACUUCAACCUGGCUCCCGAGGUUUUUGCCCACAUUCCCGAGAAGGAAAAGUACAUCUUCCAGGGACGCAAGCCCGGCUCAAUCAGCGACGAAGCUCCCAAGGGUAAGGAGGUCAAGAAGUCCAAGUACAACUUUACCCACCGAAUGCUUGAUCAAAAGCCCUUGAUCACUAGCGGCGGCCAAGUUCGCAUCACCGACUCUAAGAACUUCCCCAUCUCCAAGACAGUCGCUGCAGCUCACGCCCUCAUUGAGCCCGGUGCUAUUCGAGAGAUGCACUGGCACCCAUCUGCUGACGAGUGGUCGUUUUUCCUCAAGGGUCGCGCCAGAGUGACCAUCUUUGCAUCUGAGGGCACUGCCAGAACCUUUGACUACGGUCCCGGAGAUGUCGGCAUCGUGCCCCGCAACAUGGGUCACUUUGUCGAGAACAUUGGCGACGAGCCUGUUGAGAUGCUGGAGAUCUUUCGGGCCGACGAGUUCAGGGAUAUCUCCUUGUUCAAGUGGCUUGGCGAGACUCCGCAGAAGCAAGUCGCUGAUACCCUGUUCGCGGAGGAUCCGGAGAACGCAAAGAAGUUUUUGGCGAGGAUCAAGAAUGCUGACAACAACGUCAUCACCAAGCCUGACUUUGUUCGCUCCAACAAAGGGGCAAUUGGAAAGGACCUAUGA